AGGGAGCGAGUUACGAAGUCAAUUUGGAGAGGGAGGGAGAAAAAGGAGAGAGGGAGUAUACGAAAAAAGUGUACAUUAUACGGUGCAAGUAACUACACGCGAAGAACACGGGGUAGGCUUGAUAUAAAUCAGAGUCGUAAUUUGCUUUAGGAGGGGAAGAGAAGAAAUCGAAAUCGUAGAGAAGUGUUUCUACAGCUACAAGAAACGUUCUGUCAACGUUCUGUCAUUUAUUUUUCAAACGAAAAAGAGCUGAACAAUGGCGCCCUCUCUCCUUCAGGCCUAUAGUAGGCGCUGGUGGAUGGCUGUGACGGCGGUGUUGGAGAACCUGCUGUGUUCUGCCGUGCUGCUGGGAUGGGGCUCCCUCCUCCUCAUGCUGAAGGGCGAGGGCUUCUACUCACACCUCUGCUCAGACAACGACACUAUGGCCCACUUGCUGGUGAUGGGCAACCUGACUUCCUGGGAGAGUGGUAUCUGGGUGAGCUGUGUGGACCAGGAGGAGAUGCUCAACCUGGGCUUCACCAUCGGCUCCUUCCUCCUCAGCGCUGCCACCCUGCCCCUGGGCAUCCUCAUGGACAAGUACGGCCCGCGCCCACUACGCCUUCUCGGCAGUUUUUGUUUUGGUCUCUCUUGUGCCAUGAUGUCAAUAUCAGCGUACGAUCCUCAUCGGCUCUCUGCUCUCAUCUUUCUGGCACUCUCCUUCAACGGCUUCGGAGGAAUCUGCUUGACCUUCACCUCCCUCACGAUACCCAACAUGUUUGGCAGUCGGACCUCCACCAUCAUGUCUCUGAUGAUUGGCUCCUACGCCUCUUCUGCCGUCACCUUCCCUGGAGUCAAGCUGAUCUAUGAUGCAGGCGUGUCGUUCCGGGUGAUUAUGUGGGUGUGGUCGGGUCUAGCAGGCGUCGUCUUCCUCAACUGUUUCUUCAACUGGCCAGGGGAGGCCUUGCCCACGCCGGACGAGGUCGACUACAUUAAGCAGUUAGCGUCGACUGAUGUGUCUGGAGACCAUAAGGGGGUGGGGGUGAGUUUGAGUCAAAAGAAUGGAGACCUGAAACACUCCACUGAGAAACUCCCAGCCGUAACACAGAACACCAUCCCAUUCCGUAGGUCCGUGUUCUCGCCCAUCUUCCUGUGGAGUUUGGUUACCAUGGGGAUGACCCAGCUCAGGAUCAUUUUCUAUAUGGGUGCCAUGAACAAGAUGCUGGAGUUCCUCGUCACCCACGGCAACCCUUACUCCUCUGUUUUGAUCGCCGAGGCAGAGGAGAAAGUGAGUUUCUACUCGUCCAUCUUCGGCUCCCUGCAGCUGCUGUGUCUGGUCACCUGUCCUCUGAUUGGCUACAUUAUGGACUGGAGGAUGAAGGACUGUGUGGACGAGACCAGAAAAGACACAGAGAAGAGACCAGCAGACGGGCUGACGAGAGACAAGAAGAUACAGAAAAUCACUAAUGCCAUGAGAGCCUUCAUCUUCACCAAUCUGCUACUGCUGGUGUUCGGAGUGUGCUGUCUGAUAGACAACCUGCGGCUCCAGAUCCUGACCUUCAUCCUCCACACCAUUGUCAGAGGGUUCAUCCACUCCUGUUGUGGAGGCCUGUAUGCUGCUGUAUACCCCUCUAACCACUUUGGAACUCUGAUUGGGCUGCAGUCGAUGAUCAGUGCUGUGAUCGCCCUGCUGCAGCAACCCCUCUUCAUCGUCAUGGUGGGAUCCCUGCACGGAGAUCCCUACUGGAUCAACCUGGGCAUGAUCCUCUUCUCAUUGGCUGGCUUCUUGUUGCCUGGAUACCUUUUCUACCAUCGCAGACACCUGAUCCAGGAGAAGGAGGCUCAGGACAAGAAUGCCACUAGCCAGGAGAGAGAGGCUCUCAACCACUCAGAGAUCAACGGCCUCAAACACCAUAGCAAUGGUCACAGCAUCCAGUAAGCGGAGGAAGUGGUUCUGGAGCAAUGCUAAGGAUUUUGGGAACUGUAGGAUAAUUUGUAUCAAUGUUCAUAUUAUCCACCCAAUCACUAACCACAAUAUCGUCAAGUAAAUGUUAUUUUUUUUGCAUUGUUAGCAUUAUUGCUGUUUUUGUUGCCUCAUGGCUUUAUUCAAUCUGUAUCGUGGAAGUUCAACGCUUAAGCCCAAAUGAAAUUUAAAGGCAAUGUUCCCACGUUGGCGGAGACUGCAUUCACGGUAAACGCUGCGUAUGUCGGCUCAAUCGGAAAUGACCAUGACUUUUCUAGCGCUUCAGCGAUGCAGAUUGAAUAGAGCCCUAAACCAUGGAACUUCCAAUCAUGAUCCACUAACAUGUCAGGACUUGAAGUCAAAUACUAGUCAAUGGAGUUGCUUGAAUUGGAAUGUCUUGAUAAGUUAUCAGAAUUUUUUUGUUGUUGAUUUAUUUGCUGUGUGGCUAGUCCAAGACUUCUAUGGUACUUGAAGGACCCUUCAGGGGCAUGUUACUCCUUUAAUAUUUCUCAAUCCAUGUUGACUAAGAACACACACGACACCAAAGAAUGAUAUUCAGAUAUGAAUUGUGCAGCUUCUACUGAAACAACACAACGAUAGUGUUUCUGUUUCGGUUAAUCAAAUAUGCUGAGUGUCACAGACGUAGGAUGUAUCAAAAUGAUAUGUAAGAAAAUGUGAAUAGCAUAGUUAAGGUUGUACUACGCGGCUUGGGUGAGAUCAGACACCUAGUCAGGGAGAAUGCUACAGUUUGUUAUACCAAAUAUUAUGCCAUUGCUUUUUGUAUUGCAAUCAUAUUUUUCUUAUCGCAUAAACUAACAUUUUUUAA